UAUAAAUCUUUUUUAGUUACUAUAUAUUUUUAAAUAAUAUAAAAUUAUCCGCAGAUACGUUCUGUUCGGGUUGUGUGAAACUCCGUGUUCCUCAGUUGAGAGGACACAGAUAGAAAUUUGAAUUGAAAUUUAAAUUUGAUACUAGUCCAUACUCCAUAGCCAAAAACUGAUCUGAUCAGAUCGGAAGAAAAAAAAAAAAGAGAGAAAGUCGGAGAUGGUGAAGGAGACAGAAUACUACGACGUGCUUGGAGUCAGUCCAAUCGCUACCGAGACCGAAAUCAAGAAAGCCUAUUACAUUAAGGCACGACAGGUUCAUCCUGAUAAAAACCCAAAUGAUCCUCUUGCAGCGCAAAAUUUUCAGGUAUUGGGUGAGGCAUACCAAGUCCUGAGUGAUCCCAGCCAACGGCAAGCGUAUGACACUUACGGGAAAUCAGGAAUCUCAACUGAUACAAUUAUCGAUCCUGCUGCAAUCUUUGCAAUGCUUUUUGGCAGUGAGCUUUUUGAGGAAUACAUAGGUCAGCUUGCCAUGGCAUCAAUGGCUUCACAAGACAUAUUCACGGAAGGGGAACAGUUAGAUACUAAAAAAUUGCAAGAGAAAAUGAGAGUUGUUCAGAAGGAAAGAGAAGAAAAGCUUGCACAAAUACUGAAAGAUCGACUAAAAAAAUAUGAAGAAGACAAAGUGGAGUUUGUCAGACAUGCUGAAGCUGAAGUGACAAGGCUAUCCAAUGCAGCUUAUGGUGUUGAUAUGUUGAGUACAAUUGGCUAUAUAUAUGCAAGGCAGGGAGCUAAAGAGCUAGGGAAGAAAGCUAUAUAUUUGGGUGUGCCAUUUAUUGCUGAAUGGUUUAGAAACAAAGGGCAUUUUAUUAAGUCCCAAGUAACAGCAGCAACAGGUGCAAUUGCUUUAAUUCAGCUGCAGGAGGACAUGAAAAAGCAACUCAGUGCAGAAGGAAACUAUUCUGAGGAAGAGCUUGAAGAAUACUUACAGUCACACAAAAAAUUGAUGAUUGAUUCCCUGUGGAAGCUGAAUGUAGCUGAUAUUGAGGCCACUCUUUCCCGCGUUUGUCAGAUGGUUCUUCAAGACAGCAUUGCCAAGAAGGAGGAGCUCCGUGCACGAGCUAAGGGGUUGAAAACUCUUGGUAAAAUCUUCCAGAGGGUUAAAUUAACCAAUGGGAAUGAGAGUGAAAAUGUGCCACCUGGUACAGUACAUAAAUUGAAUGGAAGCGAAACAGGUUGUGAUGCUACUUCUCCCAGUACAUCACCAAAAUCUUCAAAUGCGGAAGAGUCAUCUUAUUCCACAAUAUCAUCACCGAGCCCCUAUGUGCAGACCCCAAACGUUGGAGACUCACGGUUCCCAAUGCCAGCAGCACCACCUGGUGCGCUAAGACACCCUUCAACUGGCAAGGAUUGAGGAUGGAAAGGUUUGAUAUCUCGUUUGAAGUGCUUGUCGUGUAUAAAUACCCUAUCAUGUGUAUCAAUGUUGUGAUUGUAUGAGUAGAUGAUUGUGCCAAAAAGCAUAUCCCGCUUCUGGCUGAGCAGGCGUGCUGUCAUGUAUCUAUGGAAGACAAAUAAUUAAGAACGUGAGGGAGGAGAUGGUUGUAGAAGGUAGUUUUUCAUUGUCACUGCUGGCUGCGAUUGGCUGCCACUUUAAUGUGAAUGAUGUUUUUUGAUGGAGUGGCAUUCUUGUAUUUUGGUGUCACAGUUUCAAUUUUAGUUUCAAAGAUGUUGCUUUGCUUAAUAUUUAUUUUAGUCAUUUGUAGAUCAAUGUAUUACCCGACGAUUUAGACAAAGAAAUUAAGAAAUCAUAAACGACUCUUGCCUUUUUAUAAAUCAA